UGUUCUCUGUAGUCUGUUGUCUGAGACUCGUCUGGAGUCAUAGAUAAGUAAAAUAUAUUGAUACACAAAUUGGUAGUUGAAUCUUGAUGAUUUUAGCCAAAACUAUUAUAUAUUAACUACACUGCUUGCUUAAAAUUUUUUAGUUUAAAUAACCUUUUACUUUAUACUGAUUUUAACUACUAUCUCUUCAACUAUUUUUUAUAUUAUAUUUUAUCUCAAAACAUACUCAUGGAGUGUAUGGAUAAUAUAAAUUGGGGAAAUUGUUUGUGGUUUGAAGGCGGCGGUGAAAAAAGAAAUGUCAUUUCUGGCAUGAUAUCCGGAUUUUUGUUUGCAACUGGAUGGUGGUUAAUAAUUGACGGUACAGUCGUUAAUCCCAGUCAAGUGCCUGGUACUUAUCACAUUUGCGGACUGGUUGGGACAUUUUCUUUGUUUAUGGUCAACAUUGUGUCCAACUCGCAAAUUCGUGGUGAAGCUUAUUCUGGAGGUUGGUUUGGACCCAGAGGAGCUCGCAGUUGGCUAUUCAUAGGCUUUGUUUUAGGAUUUGCUGCCCUAAUUGCAGCUAGCUGGAUAUUCUUUGCAGACUUUGUAGCUGCUAAAGGUACGCCCAAGCCUAACAUGACGGUUGGAGUAGAGUUAUUUUUCCAAAAUAUUUUUAUUUUCGCUGCAUCUCUAAUAUACAAAUUUGGACGUGUUGAAGACCAAUGGUAAAAAAUAUCCAAUAUUUUAGACCAUAUUGCGCUAUUUGAUAAUAUUAUUGUACAUUCAAUAAUUAUCAUGAAUGUUUCUAAAAAAUUAAUAAUCAGAGAAUCAUGGAUUAAGUUAUUAAUAUUUAAUGAUUGAAUUAUGUACAUAUUUUGUAAUAAAGAUUUAGUAGUCAUCAAUCGAGUCAUUGGCUAUAAAUAAGAAAAGUAUAAUUAGC